AUGGCUAAUGAUGAAUUUCAAUUUCCGACACUGUUUGGGGAUGAUGGAGAUGAUUCCGAUGACGAAAAGCUUGCAAUGGAUAUUGAAUCCUUUCUCAGCGUUCUUGACGAAGAUUGUGAUCCUUCUGAGAGUAGUCACGAGGAUUCUUCAUUGAAAGACGUUUCACCUGGUGAAUCUGGGACCCAUGAUAAUUUUUUACUUCAAAAUGGGAAUUCUUCCAUGCUUGACUACGAACAUGAAAACCAAGGACCUUCAUCACAGACCUGCUAUUCCCCAAAUGCUUUUGCUGGUGGUUACAGGGACUCCUUCUCUAUUGCUGAAAGUGACGAAACUUGCUAUGCAGAAGGGGCAGGAGUUUCUGAACGUGAGAUGCCUUUUUACAGUACAGACACAAGUUUUGCUGAAGCAAACUCAAAUGCUGUAACUGUUUGUAGAGAUAAUUUGAACUCGAGUCUGUGGAAGGGUCACAAUACUAGCCAAAUGAAGCAUGUGGCAGAUGAUGUAGAAUCCGAAUAUGCUUCACACAGCUCCAUCAUUGAGAAUGUUGAUGGAACUUUUGCAAAUUAUGGAUCAGCUUUGAAGGAGAUUAUUGGAGUUUCUAGGCAGCAGGAAAAUGAUUCAUGUACAACUUUUGAAAUGCCGUUUGUGGAUGUUGACAUGCCUGCACAUUUUGGAACUUCAACUGAUUCUACUUUUUGUCAAGGUUCCGAUGCUCCUAGUGAUUUUAGUGGCUACUAUUCAUCUUUGAAUUGUUACCAGGGUAUAGAUGCUAGACCUGUUGUUACUGACAGUUCUGCUUAUUUGCCUAAUGGUGUUUGUCCUGAAUUCUGGAAAAAUGAAGAGGCAACGAGGAACGUGAAGGUUGAAAAAAUGGAGUUUUUAACUGAUACUGCAAAUAUAAUUGGUGGCAUGCAUUUGAAUACCGGUGGUUCGGUCCCUUUUCAGGACAGGCAAUUUUUGCCAACAGACAGUGAAUAUCCUUCAUUUUUUCCUGGUAAUGUUAUAUUUGAAGACAGUGAAUCAGUGCAACAGUCAUCUUGUGCUCCAUAUAUUUCUUGUGAAGGCCAGUCAUUUAAUGUCAAAGCUGAAGGAGAUGAAAUGGGUAUGCCUUUCCAAAAUACUUUUCACAAUGACCAUGCUGAGUUAAAUACUGGUCUUGGGGUGAAACAAUUACCUGGUAUUUUCCCUACCAUUGAAUGUCAGAAUUAUGAUUUUUUGAAGGAUGAGGAUAGUGACAUAAUCGUAACAACCGAGGAUGGCAAUUAUUAUCAAGAUUUUAUCGAUGAAACUGCUAAAUGUUUUCCAGGAAAUACAGAAAAUUUGAAUUUCAGAUCCUUAGACAAAUCUCUAUCUAUUGCCCGGGCAUCAAUUACCAACGGGAAGCAGUAUAAUUGUGGUAUGAGCGAACUAGAGAGUAAGCCAAGUGAAUAUAAAAGUAUUGAUGAUUCUCAACUUUCCAAAAGAAGUAAUGAGGGAUCGAAUGACGAAGAUGACUGCGAUGUUUGCAUUAUUGAAGACAUCAGUCACCCUGCACCUAGAAGUCGAUCUGCUGAACUCAAUAAUUCUUAUAAUAUGUCACAAUCUUCUAGGUUUGACUAUACCAAACCGUAUAUGGCGGGAGGCACACGACCAAAGCCACGCGACGAGCAGUACAUAUUACGAGCUGCAUUGCAGGAUCUGUCUCAGCCAAAGUCAGAAGUUAGCCCCCCAGAUGGGCUGUUGGCAGUUCCUCUUUUACGUCACCAGAGAAUUGCUUUAUCGUGGAUGGUUCAGAAGGAAACAUCAAGUUUAUACUGUUCCGGAGGAAUUCUUGCGGAUGAUCAGGGUCUUGGGAAAACAGUGUCAACUAUUUCUUUAAUAUUAAAGGAAAGGCCUUCAUUGCUCAAGACGUGCAAAAGUGCACAAAAAAAUGUACUAGAAACCUUGGAUUUGGAUGAUGACCCACUUCCUGAGAAUGGUGUAGUGAAAAAGGAGUCUAACAUGUGUCAAGAUACACCCAACAGAAAUGCAAUCACAGGUGUGAAUUUUUCGGUGAACACAAAGGGCAGGCCAUCUGCAGGAACCCUUGUUGUUUGUCCAACUAGUGUCCUGCGACAGUGGGCUGACGAAUUGCAUAAUAAAGUAACUUGCAAAGCAAAUCUCUCUGUGCUUGUGUACCAUGGAAGCAGUCGAACCAAAGAUCCUUGUGAGCUUGCCAAGUAUGAUGUUGUUCUGACUACAUAUUCAAUUGUUAGCAUGGAGGUCCCUAAGCAGCCUCUGGUUGACAAAGAUGACGGAGAAAAAGAAACUUAUGAAGAUCAUGCUAUGCCGAGUAAGAAAAGGAAAUGCCCUCCUAGUUCAAAAAGCGGCAAGAAGAAAGGUUUGGACAGCAUGAUGCUUGAGGAUGCUGCACGUCCUCUUGCAAAAGUAGCCUGGUUUAGAGUUGUCCUGGAUGAGGCCCAAAGUAUAAAGAAUCACAGAACUCAAGUUGCAAGAGCCUGCUGGGGUCUUCGAGCUAAGCGCAGAUGGUGCUUGUCCGGAACUCCAAUCCAGAAUUCAAUUGAUGAUCUCUACAGUUACUUUAGAUUUCUAAGAUAUGAUCCUUAUGCUGUGUACACAUCAUUCUGUUCAACAAUCAAGAUUCCUAUCAGCAGAAAUCCAUCAAAAGGGUACAGAAAGCUGCAAACUAUCUUAAAGACGAUCAUGCUACGUCGGACAAAAGGCUCACUUCUUGAUGGGGAGCCUAUUAUAUCUUUGCCACCUAAAUCUGUGGAGUUGAAAAAAGUGGAAUUUUCAGAGGAGGAACGUGAUUUCUAUUCCAAGCUGGAGGCUGAUUCACGUGCACAGUUUCAGGAAUACGCCAAUGCUGGUACUGUGAAGCAAAACUAUGUCAACAUUUUAUUGAUGCUUUUGCGCCUUAGACAAGCCUGCGACCACCCUCAGCUUGUUAAGCGAUACAAUUCUACUACUCUAUGGAAAUCUUCAGUUGAGACGGCCAUGAAGCUUCCUCGGGAAAAACAGCUAUUUCUUUUGAAAUGUUUAGAGGCUUCCUUGGCUCUGUGUGGUAUCUGUAAUGAUGCUCCUGAAGAUGCUGUUGUUUCAGUCUGUGGUCAUGUUUUCUGUAACCAGUGCAUCUGUGAACAUCUAACUGGCGAGGACAAUCAGUGCCCUGCUACAAACUGCAAAACUCGGCUUAGCAUGUCUUCAGUGUUUCCCAAAGCCACACUGAACAGUUCUUUAUCUGAUCAGUCUUGUGAUCUUUUACUUGGUUACUCUGGUUCUGAGGCCGAGGAUUCUGAACCUUGUUCUCAGACUAAGCCAUAUAAUUCUUCAAAAAUAAAAGCUGCACUUGAGGUGUUGCAGUCAUUGUCUAAGCCACAAUGCCGUACAUCCCAAGAAAAUUGUGUGCGGAGCACUUCUAAGGAAAGUACUGAUUGCAGCUCCACUUCUGCUGACAGUGGAAAUAGUGAUGUUCCCAAAAAGAAAACUAUGCUAAUGGAGAAAAGCUCUGACGGUGCAAAUGGUUCUCUAGGGGAGAAAGCUAUAGUGUUUUCUCAGUGGACGGGGAUGCUAGAUUUACUUGAAGCGUGUCUUAAGAAUUCUUCAAUUCAGUAUAGAAGACUUGAUGGAACAAUGUCUGUCAUUGCAAGAGAUAAAGCUGUUAAGGAUUUUAACACUCUCCCUGAGGUAACAGUUAUGAUAAUGUCCUUGAAGGCUGCUAGUCUUGGUCUGAACAUGGUGGCAGCCUGCCAUGUUCUCAUGCUAGAUCUUUGGUGGAAUCCUACAACUGAAGAUCAGGCCAUAGACAGAGCGCAUCGAAUUGGACAGACUCGUCCGGUUACAGUUUUGCGUUUAACUGUCAAAGAUACGGUUGAAGACCGUAUUUUAGCUCUGCAGCAAAAGAAGCGAAAGAUGGUUGCGUCUGCAUUUGGAGAGGAUGAAACUGGUGGUCGACAAAGCCGCCUUACUGUGGAUGAUUUAAAAUACUUGUUCAUGAUGUGA